AUGUCAACCACGGUGACCUACCCCGUCAUGGCAGAGUUGAAAGAGCCGGCGCAUUCCAGUCUUUGGUCCAACUAUGGAAGUCCUGUCCAAAUGUCGUCUCGAUUCAACAACAGCCUGGAUUCCGGCCUCGGAGGCCAUUCCGCCAACUCGCCACACGCGGGACGUCCAAGAAGCCACCACCCGAGCGUCGACCACGGGUCCUACCCGUACGGUCGCUACCCUCAGGACGAGUCUGACGCCUAUGACAGACAAGCGCAUCCCAGUCUGACGUCCCACCACAGCUUCCCCAAUCUCAAGAGGCCGUACUCCCAGACUGAGCAGCCUCCGUACCAGGAGAUUGUUCAGGAUCUCAGGGAUGACGGGUCCAAGCUGACGGUAAACCACGACCACAAGCUGUUGUCGUUCAAGAGGGUGCAGGACAAGCACACGAUUGUCGACCAGCAUGGCCGUAUGCAGCAGCUGGAGCUGUCCGCGCAGCUACAUGGGAUGUUCUUCCUCUCCGAGAUGCCUUCCAACGCCAACGACAGCGCCAUCCUCCAGCCCGAGCUGACCUGCUACCGACGAAACCUCUUCCAAAUCAGCGGUUCCCUGAUCACCCCAAGAGGUCAGCUUUCCGUCAUCACCGAGACGGGCGAGACGGUCCCCGUCAGCAACACCGAAGUCACCAUCUCUGCGAUCGAGUCCGUCGACGGCCACCCCGUUCGCCUCAUCGUCAUUCCCUGGAAGACACCCCCACCCAACUCCCCUGAGAUUACCCAGAGCCCCGACCAGGAGCCAGCAUCGCUCCCUCUGAUCCCGUUCCAGGAAGAUGGAACGGAUGCGGAGGGCGAGUACGCCGUGUACCCGAUCGGCUGGCGACGAUUGCAAUUCAGAAUUGCUACGGCGAACAAUGGCAGACGCAAGGAGCUCCAACAGCAUUUUGUGCUUCACCUCAAGGUUCUUGCAACACUGGCUAACGGCAACAAAGUUGUGCUCACGGAGUCGACAACUGCGCCUAUUGUAGUUCGUGGCCGCAGCCCUCGCAACUUCCAGGCUAGGAAAGAGAUCCCUCUUUUGGGUUCCAGCGCGGGCUCGAGAGGACAGGCUCUGGUAGAAACGGGUUUGGGUAUCGUGGCAGGACCUUUGGCAGUUAAGCCACAGGAGGCCAAAGCAAGAGGGCUGGACAUGCAGAUGCCUCGUUCCGCGUUCACUUUCAACGCAGGAGGACCCAAGAUGCCGGGUGCUCCCAUGGGAGCCAUGAGAUCCAACUCCUACCCCACUUGGACUUCGUCGAACCCCGUGCCUAUGUCGCAACUGCCCCCGUCCGGCUCAGCAAAUUACCCCGCGACUACAAUGGGAGCGGAGCCUUACCACAAGGUUCCUCUGUCAGGUGGAACCAGCUUCAGUGGUGAACCGCAAGACAUGCCUCUCCAAACAUCCAUGCCAUCUGUUCAGCUAUCACUGGUAGCAAACGAACAGCAGCAGCCUCCUAUCAGGGCACAGUACGGUUACGUGCAAAGCACCACCGCUCCGCCGCCUCUAUCUGUGCCGGCAACUGCGAUAGCGGGCUCCGACACCGCAUUGAACGUCCCGAGAUACGUUGACAACCCAAGGCCUACCAAGAGCCCAAGGCACGCGAGUCAUCCUUCAAUCCACAGCACCGGGUCCAUCGCCAACAAUGAAUCCUCCCCUGAGUACCGGUACGGCUCGUCCUACGGAACUGUAGGCGGCAAUCCCAAUGAGAUUGCACCACCGGCCUACAAACAAGAGUCAGCUGCGUCGCACUCUGGCCCCGCUCGGGACUACUACCCCCCUUCGAGCUCCUGGACGACAACAGCCGGCGAGCCUGCUUCAACAGUUGCAUACACCAGCGGUGAGGGCCGUCCAUACGCCUUCCCUGAGCAGUAUGCUAGCGGAGGCCCCGCGCCGACGCCGAAGCAGGAGCAUGGUCCUGCUCCUCCAGCCCCCGGCUCAUACAGUAGCGCACACCGAGGUUCAUUUGACGGCAUGAACCACUACUCCUGGAACACUAAUUAA